GUCUUGGUCCUAUUGUAUAUCUGUUUCCCAGCUGGAACUAUUGUAAACCCAAGUCCCCUGUGCACAGCUAGAACACAGCAGAUUCAAUGGCCUUAAGGUUUGAAGCUGAGUUUCCUGAGGGCCUAUGUCCUGGGUGGAAUGUGACAGUGAGGGGCGAACCGACCGCAGGAGCCAAAAGGUUUGAUAUCAAUUUUCUGUGUGACAGAAGCGAAGAGAUAGCAUUUCAUUUUAACCCACGCUUUACGGAAUCAUUGCUUGUGUGUAAUUCCUACCUUGCAAACAAAUGGGGUAAAGAGGAACAGAGCACGACAUGCCCAUUCGAGGCUGAAGAGCCAUUCCAGAUAGAAAUUUAUUCCGACAAAGAAUAUUUCCACGUUUUGCUUGACGGAAGUGCAGUUUGUCAGUUCAAACAUCGUGUGGAGAACCUGAGCUCCAUCACCAGAUUCCAAAUUCUGAAUGAUGUCAAAAUCUCGUCAGUGGAAAUCACCAAAAAUAUCUGUAUGUGAUGUUGUGAGAUAACUUAGCACCCGGAAUCCUCUCGCCAUUGCUCAGCGUGCUGGAUGGAAGAGUUUAG